GGUUCAACGUCUGCGGUUUACCUUCUCAAUAGGCAGAAGUUGAAAUCAAAAUUAUCCGCUAUAUCUGAAGUCAGUGGAAGUACGUGCAAGGAAUCUGACCUUUACCUAGAUAAAGUUUGUACGGUUCGUUAGACAGCUGCCAAUAGGGGAAAGGCACCGCUGCUAAUCGUCAUUCCUUCCGCGCUGUUAACCUCGGGCUUUCUUCUUUGCGACAUGGCAGCGUGAGUUUAUUUAUUGAUGCUAUUACCGGUAAUAGAUGUGUUUAUGUGCACACAGGUGGAAGAAUACCGCAACGAUGGGUAUUCGCAAUAAUGGGAUUUUUGGCGCUCUUCAAUGCUUACGCGAUGAGAGUCUGCUUAUCGAUCACAAUUACCGAGAUGGUAGUGCAUAAAAAUGUGACGGUAAGUGCUGACAAUACCUGCCUGAAUGAUGAACAAAAUGAUGAAGAUACGAGACCAUCGAACGCGAAGAAGUAUGAAUGGAGCGAGACGAUGCAGCUUCACACUUAUAGCCGUUUCAUUAUAAAUAUGUUGUUUGAAAGUAUUAAGCGUAAAGUGAAAUAUGCCGGAGUUUGUGAUUAUCGAGAAAAAAGAAAGGGUAUUAUCUUGUCGUCGUUUUACGUAGGCUACGUGAUAACACAUUUGCCCGGCGGGAUGUUAUCCGAAAAAUUCGGUGGGAAAUACUCCCUUGGUUUGGGGAUAUUGGCGACCGCUGUUUUCACGCUGAUUACACCAUUAGUCGUGGAAUACGGAGAGGCAGCAGGUUUAAUUGCCACGCGUGUGUUGAUGGGCCUUUGCGAGGGGACAACGUUCCCGGCGUUGAACGCAAUGCUCGCACAAUGGACACCACCGGAGGAGAGAUCGAAGAUCGGCUCAUUGGUAUUCGCCGGUGCACAACUUGGCACGGUGGUUGCCAACUCUUUGUCCGGUGUCAUUCUUUACUACUCGACAAUGGGAUGGCCGGCUGUGUUCUAUGUGUUCGGCGCUCUCGGCGUUCUUUGGUUUUUGAUAUGGCUGGUAACGUGUUACAAUAACCCAGACACGCAUCCGUUUAUAUCUGAAAGAGAACGGAAGUUCCUGCACGAAAGAAUGGACGCUCAUACGCAUAAGAAACCACCGUCGGUACCAUGGAGACACGUUCUGAAGUCUGUGCCGCUUUGGGCAUUAGUGGCGGCGCAAGUUGGUCACGAUUGGGGUUUCUUCACCUUGCUCAACGACCUUCCCAAAUAUAUGAAGAGCGUGCUCAAGUAUUCGAUCAAAAACAACGGAUUCCUUUCUGCUUUGCCCUAUUUGACCAUGUGGAUUUGUAGCCUGGUGACAUCGUUUUUAGCCGAUUGGAUGAUCACCAGUGGUCUAAUGUCACGUACCAACGUACGUAAAUUGGGUACCACCAUCGCUUCGCUCGGGCCAGGAGCUUUCAUUAUAGGCGCAGCUUAUGCCAAAUGUGAUAGAACAACUGUUGUCGUCAUGUUUACCGUUGGCACGACACUGAUGGGAACAUUUUACCCGGGAAUGAAAGUGAAUGCCUUAGACCUAAGUCCAAACUAUUCUGGCACCUUAAUGGCUCUGGUGAAUGGAGUAGGUGCUUUUACCGGUAUUUUGACACCGUAUAUCGUUAGCGAAUUAACUCCGGAUCAAACACUUUCCCAAUGGAGACUCGUAUUUUGGAUUGUUUUCGCUGUUUUCGCCGUGACCAAUCUGAUUUUUGUAUUGUACGCAAGCGGAGAAGUCGAGUACUGGAAUGAUCCUGAAUUUGUUAGAAGGGACAGGAAAGAAAGGCAGUUGAAGCUCGCAAAUAAAAAAGCAGAACAAGAUGACAAGCCUAAAGUGUCUCCCUGAUAUGGUUGAUUAAAUUCAGUAUGAUAAAUUUUUCAUAAUUUCGCGUGACAAUCACGUGCUUUAAUUCUUCUUUAAUUUGGACAGAAUAUACAUGUAAUACAUAUUAUAUACGUGUAAGCCCCGUUCUGUGCAUUACGCAAGUGAUGAAACUUCAAACGUAAAAAAUAUGUCCACGUCGUUGAUAUUCAUGACUAUGUUAUUAUACUCGCUAGAUUUUGUGUUAAUAUAGAAAAAUUAUUCCACGCAGUGGAAUUUUUAUAAAUUGUAUUGAAGCCCUCGGUGCAAUAUAGUCCGUUUCUUUUUAUAAAUCGACAUUUUUUAUUAAUUUUUUUAAAAACCAAAACAUUCUUUGUUUAAGCGAAAUAUUUUUAGCGGAUAUCUCUUCUUUUUAUCACUCUUUACAAAUAUCGAGUAUGACAAUUAGUAUGCAAUAUUGAGUGCAGUAUAAUAAUUUCUGCAUAUUUUCAAAUUGAGAAACAAAGACCAAAAGAGUGGCUUCAAUACUGCUUUAAAUUUCGUGGUAGUUGAUAUUUUUUCCUGUUUUUUUUCUUCCCUCUAGUCUAAUUGUAAGUUCGAAACGAAUGAUAAAUCGAACAACUGUGUAGAUACAUUUAUAUCAGACACACGUUAAUGAGCGAGAAUGAAAAACAUUCGGUUAUUACAUGUUACAUCGAUGUGUUCUCGCGGCUAACGAGAUUCAGUGUACCUGAAAAAUAUUUUUGUAACUACGCGUGUUAAAUAGGUGCGAAUAUCGCUAACGAUUGUUUUUGAAGCAGAUGAGAUAAUGAAAAAUUAUACAUAUAAAUGUAUGUAUCAGUGUUUAAAAUAAAAUCCGUGCGUAUACAUUUAUACAUACAAUUCGUCUAACAAAUAUCAGCAUUUAUCUUUUUGUUGCAUUAAAAAUAUAUUUUUUGAUUAUUUGAUUAUUUGAUUAUUUGAUGUUACUCACGCUUAAUAUUCAGAAUCAUGGUUUGGAAGAUCUUAUCACAUGUUAUCACAUCUCAUUAAUCACAACAAUGAUGUUACAUAAAUAAAAAAUGAACUUGAACGUUUCAUACAAAGAUCCAGUUGCUUUAUAUCAACAAGAUAAUAUGUUUAAACGUAACAUGUAUUUAAUACAACCAGUUCUUUUUUUUCAAUUUAUUUUUC